AUGAUUGCGUGGGCUUUUAUAGGUAUUGAUGGUACAUUCGCAACUCUCUAUGUACAGCCCCCAUACCGAGGCCAAGGGCUCGCAAGCUAUAUUGCGCGCUUACUAGUGUAUCGGCUUGGAUGUGGAGAAUUUCGAGAUCUGGGGUUUACUGGGGAGAGUGGGUGGGUGCAUGCGGAUGUUAAGGAGGGGAAUAGUGGGAGUGAGGGGGUUAUGAGAGCACUUGAGGGGAAGAAAGGUUGGAUAGAGGAGAAGAAUGAGAAGAGAUUAUAG